UUUAAAAAACAUUUGAUGUUCAGAGACGAAAUUUUUGAAUUUAAAUGUUUUCAUUUUGUCACUGCAUUUUAGCGUCGUAUGCAAUAUUCAGUGAUUAUGAGUUUCGAAAAAAAUAUAGCAACUAAAAUUUUGAUUGUUGGUGGAGGUUUAACGGGUAGCGUUGCAGCAAGUUUAAUAAAAAACGAAGCAGUUGUAAACAUUGAAAUAUGGGAAAGAAUGGAUCAAAUUGGUGGCCGUUAUCAAACAUAUCGUUCAUCCACUACACCCAAGUGCUCUAUUGACUGUGGUGCUCAAUAUGUUUCAGUAUCUUUGGACUUUAUUCGUAGUCAAGCAAAGUUUUAUGAUGAAUUAUUGGAGAAGGAAAUACUUGUGCCCCUUGGACAAAAAAUAGAAAAUUUUAGGAAGCUGUCAGAAACUAAAACAGUUUUUGUUGCUCCUGGUGGAACUGAUUCUUUGGUUGCCCAUUUUUUGCAAAAAGCUGAUUGUUCUGUGCAUUUACAGCAUGAAGUUACAGAAAUCAAUUUGAAAGAAGAAGAGAAAGCAUGGGAAGUGAAAGCAACUAAUGGAAUAGUUAGAACUUUUGAUGUUGUCAUUUUAACAAUACCAGUGCCUGAAGUCUUAAAUCUGAAAGGAAAUUUUUUAAGUAUAAGUCAAGAUGAUGAUAUGAAAGUUGCUAUGGAACAAGUUAAAUAUGCACCUCGCUUUGCAGUUGCACUUGUAUAUGAUGAACCUGUUAAAUAUCUUGAAGACUUGGCAACAGCUAUGAAAUAUUUUCCAGGUGAUGACAUACUUCAUUUUAUGUCGGUAGAUAAUAAGAAACGAGAGCAGAGCAAGGAAGUACCUGGCAUAAUUCUGCAAAGUACUACAUCAUUUGCAGAAAAAUAUUCUGAUCUAAAUGAUGAUGAAAUUAAGCAUUUGAUGUUAGAACAUAUUAAGUGUCUUUUGCCAGAGCUACCUGAUCCUGCUUUCGUUAAAUUAUUUCACUGGACAUAUUCUAUGCUUAUUGAACCUUAUGUUGAUACACCAGGCUGUGUUGUCAUUAAUGAUUAUCCUUGCUUGAUAAGUGGUGGUGACAGUUAUACUGAAUCCACUUUCAACGGUUGUAUAACAUCUGCUGUUAUAAUUGUUGAAGAACUUUUGAAAAGAGUCAAGUUCCUAAAAGGUCACCAUCAAGGACGUAGAAGGAGUUCUUAGUUCUGCUUGGACUGAAAUUAAAUUUGAAUUUGCUUUAAAAUAAUUCUUAAUUUAUAAAUGGACUGUUAUUAUUUCUUCAAGAUUCUUUUAAAUUGCAUAUUUUUGACAGAUAUUUGUUAUUUUGAAUUAUGCAGUAUUGAAAUAAUAGGAGCUUACAUUAACUCAAGUGCUUAAUUUUUUUGUGUGCGUAUGUUGCUUAUUAAAAUCUUUCUCGUGGUGCUAUUUCAAAAGUGCAAAUGAAUUAAUAUUCCGUAUUCUUAAUACACCGAAAUAAUUUAAUUGGAUUAAUUUUUAUGUAUGUAUAAAACUUAAUUUUGAAUUGGAUACUUUUUAUAAAGUUACGUUUUUUACAAGUUGUUUGUAAAGUGAUAUUGUUGGGUUGAGUGAUAACUUUUAAACAUUUAAAAAAUUUAUUUCAAGUUUCCAAAUUUAUUUUUUAAAAAAUUCUCUAAUUGUUUGACUAAUAAACUAGAUCCUCCUCCUACAUUGUUUGAUCACUGCUUCUCUUCCCCCUCUGACAGUGCUCUUUCUCCAUGUACAGAAGAAAUCUUACGAGUAGUUUUAGUGAUUUCAACACCUCAAUUAAAAAGAAAUGACAUUAGCGAUACUUAGUUUUGUUUUUCAUUGUAAUCAUUUACAAAUAUAAUUUUUUAAAAAAAGCUUGAACAUUAAAUUUCCUAUCAGUCAAUAUAAAAAAUUUUCAAGUAUGUUUUAUUUCUACUUAUAUUUUUAAUUUGAAUUUUUAAAAAAAAGAAUGCCACAAAUUACUGCUAGACCUAAUAUAAUUAUCAUUUUACUUAUGCUUAGGCAAUGAAGUUGUAGUUUUGUAAUUAUCUUGAAAAUAGCAACUGUUUUUAUCACAUGUACUAUAGACACACUUAGAAAGUUAAAGUUGUAAACAAUAAGCGAUUAUUGAUUCUAGUAGAAAAGUAUUUUAAUAAAUGAAUAUCUACAGCCUAUAUCUACUCACAGCAAUGAAACCAUUAUUAUUUGUUUAUUCAUGCCGUAAAUAUUCAUUCAUAAAAAUGUUUUUCUUUCCAAAAUUGAUUUAGUUUUCAUUUAUAAUGAAUAAAUAGAUCACCAACUACUAUGAUGUUUAUUGUUAGGUAAUUUAAUUAAUUUAGAUACAUUUAUACAUUUUAGUAAUUAAUUCACAGGUUUUAAUUUUCACUCUU